AUGGAAUCAACCCAGCAUGUCGAAAAGCAGAGCGCACAAGAGACUGCUUCCUCGUCAACACGCGAAAAUGUCGCAGACUUGGUUUUCCCAAACUUGACCUCGCUUUGGCUGUCGCAAGAGCCCGAAGACCAGGCGACUCUCAGGCGACUCAAACAGGUUUGCGAGAUGUUCGCCUCAGGAUGGAGCCCUCAAGACAAGAUGCAUAUCUAUCGUCUCCUCCCUGAGGUGCGAACUAACCAUACAAACCGAAGGGUCCCUAGUAAACACAAACUCUACAAACACGACAUCACCUUCGGACUCUGGGUUAUCCUCCGAUGCAUAUACCCUGAUCAGAAACUUCCAGCUCUCAGACUUGCUCUCAUGGAAAAGUAUCCAGGUAUAGAUCUCAGUGCCUUCACCGGUCCUGUUCCCAACGCUGCCUGCAUGGCUCCCGAGGAACACACCGCCGGGAAACUCGAGCUCAAGGUUGUGACUCCUUGCUUUGAGAAGAAAAUGCUUGAGGAAGAUGAUAAGAUCAACCCUAGCGACUUGUCCCUCAAAGAGGAGGAAUACACCCUUGACGAUCCUGUAUCCCAAAUCCCGAAAUUCGGGCCUCACCUGGACCAGCUCCGCUCCACUGAACCUGACAAGUCUUCCGCCCGGCGUUUGAUGGAGAGCAAGUUUCUGAAGUCAAGGUCCAGUAAUGCGCCAGUAGAUGUAUCUACUUAUGGUCCCGAUAUCACAAAGCUACGCGCCAGUCCUAGCGCUGUGUACGAAGCAGACAUUGAAUCCUUGGCUAGCGACGAAUCUUCUCCUGAGGACUACUCUGCCCAGACUGCACUUUCAAACAAGCGGUUCCUCGAGUUGAAAGAUCUCAUUACCAAUGUGACAACCGAAUCGAAACGGGGUGUUUCUGAUGAAAUGCGCAAGAUGCACACAGAGACGACGAAGCAGAUCCAAAACAUGCACACCGAGAUGAUUGAACAGUUCACGAAGAAUCGAAAGACAUUGGUUGAUAUUGGUAAACAAGUUGCUGAGAUACGAGCACAUAUCGAGCUUGCGCGUAUUGAUCGGAAGGAUCUGGACGAGGUUGAGGCCAGGGCCAUCAACCUUGAGCAGUUCAUCUUGUCACUUUGA